AAAAAAAAAUUAGUAGAAUUUUUAGAAUACUCGAAACUUGAAGCAGACCCUCGUCUAUUUUGCUGAUUUUUAAAAUGUUUUCUUCAUUGUUUAUUUAAAUUAAUAACUUUAAAUAAACAUUAACAUUUUUAAACUGAAAUGCCCAAACCAAGAAUAUUAGUUUUAGAGCCUUUUUAUGGUGGUAGCCACAAGCAACUUAUAGAAACGAUAAUUGAAUGUGUACCACCGGGGGAAUAUGAAGUUUAUAGUCUUCCGGCUAAAAAAUGGCACUGGAGAGCUCGCACUAGUGCUCUUUAUUUUUCCCAAGUCGUCCCAAUAGAUCAUGAAUUUAAGGUGAUUUUCACCAGCUCCGUAUUGAAUUUGGCAGAACUUAUUGGUACCCGAUUGGAUUUGAUGGCAUGUCGAAAAAUUGUUUAUUUCCAUGAAAACCAAUUGGUUUAUCCAGUGCGUGAGGCAAAGGAAAGAGACUGUCAAUAUGGACUCAAUCAAAUCCUAACUUGCUUAGCAGCCGAUCAAGUAAUUUUCAACUCGAAUUUCAAUCGUACAUCGUUCCUAGAAAGUAUCACCCCAUUUUUGAACAUUCAGCCAGAUCUUAAACUAAGAAACAUUCAACAAAAAAUCGAACCAAAAUGCGAAGUUCUUUACUAUCCUAUAAAAUUUCAUUCAAUGCCCAAAAGACUGAUUGCCAACGAAGAACAAAACUCGAACGAAAAGGACUGUCUGCAUCUGAUAUGGCCACACAGAUGGGAGCACGAUAAAAAUCCAAAACUUUUAGUCGAAGUACUCUUAGAGCUCAACAAAAGGCAAGUGGAUUUUAAAGUGACUAUUUGCGGGGAAAACUAUCAAUUAGUGCCAGAGGCCUUUGAAGGUAUCCAAGAAAAACUUGGCCAUAAAUUAGUUAAUUUCGGUUUCUUGCCCCGUGAUAAGUACAUGAAGGCUUUGAUGUCGGGUGAUAUUGUAAUAUCUACAGCUGGCCAUGAAUUCUAUGGUGUUGCCAUGCUUGAAGCUACAUAUUGCGGAUGUAUGCCAAUAGCACCAAAUAAAUUGGUGUAUCCGGAAAUUUAUCCAAAAGAAAAUCUCUAUAAUACAUCCAAUCAACUUAUUAAAAUGCUCUAUAAUUGGUUUAGAAAUCCAGAAAUGUUUCGCAAACAGCGGGAUAAGUUUUUUGAAUAUUUUACAUAUGACAAGUACUCGGCUGAAUAUUUGGUUCCAAAAUAUUUGGAAAAACUUCGAAUUUAAAUUUAAAAAAAUGGGUAAAGCUUUAGCUUACCUUAAUGUUUUUUUUUUAUGAAGAGCGCACAAUUUUUGUAUUAAGGUUCUUCUUCUUAUAUUCCAAUUGUCUUCCGUUCGAUGCUGUUAGUAAUUUUUCAAAGUUUCUCUUUUUUCGAAAUUUUUACAGAAUGUGUGUUGCAAUAAUAUG